GACCGUGCGCGCGCACCUCUCGCCGCCGCUCUUUUCCGCUCGUAAAUCGAGAGAGAGAGAGAAAGGGGAGCGAAAGAGACGGGGUGAUGCAGGCAGAGUGGGACGAGGCCCUCGACAGCCCGGCACGCGGCUGCUGCCCACGGUUUUGUCUCGAGGAUGGGACGGGUGGAAAUUUCCCAUCGGCAAAAGAGGCGGCGGAGGAGGAGGAGGAGGAUGAGGAGGGGAAAGAGACAUUGAAGGAGGUACAGAUGGGUGCUAUCCCCAAGCUGAAGCUGUCUGAUUUCAGCGUCGUCAGAACCCUCGGCGUAGGAACGUACGGCCACGUGGAGCUGGUUCAAUUGAAGAACACAGGAACCCAGUAUUUUGCCAUGAAGAUUGUGAAAAAACAGGAAAUAAAGAAGAACAGCCACGAGGAGUACAUCCAUUUGGAGAAAGAAAUUAUGCACCACUCGCUCAGCAACUUCAUCGUCAAGUUGUACUGCACUUUCCAAGACAUGGAAUGCUUGUAUCUGCUCAUGGAAGCCGGCCUCGGUGGAGAGCUGUGGGACAUCUUGCAGGAGCGGGGUAGGUUUGAUGAGCAGACCGCUCGCUUCUACAUGGCGUGCGUCCUGGAAGCACUUUCUUACCUGCACUCAGAAGGGAUCGUCUAUCGUGACCUGAAGCCAGAAAAUAUUGUUUUGGAUCACAAGGGCUAUGCCAAGCUGAUAGACUUUGGAUUUUCAAAGCGAUUGCUGUUUGGAGAAAGGACCUUUACCCUUUGCGGAACACCAGAGUACAUGGCUCCGGAAGUGAUUCUCGGCGAGGGACACGAUGUUUCUGCUGACUAUUGGUCUCUGGGAGUCCUCAUUUAUGAGCUGCUAACAGGCAGCCCUCUCUUCAAGAGUGAGGACACGGUCCGGACGUACAGUCUUAUACUGCAAGGGAUCUCCUUUGCCAUGUUGCAGGGUAAAGUAAGCAACCGGGCAGAGAACCUCAUCCGAAGUUUGUGCAGGGUCGAUCCUCUGCAGAGACUCGGGAGCCAGGGAGAUGGGUUGGAAGCGGUGCGCACUCACAGGUGGUUUAAUCGUUUUGUUUGGGAACAUCUUCGCAAUGGGACCAUGGAAGCUCCAAUUUUGCCGAAAGUUUCUUACAGUGACAGUCAAAGGGACCUCAAAGCUUACCCUGAAGAUCGGAGCACCAGUGCUACGUGGUACAAUGACUUUUAGAGAAAUUAAUGUUCAAGAAAAGUAAUGUUUGUUGGAACUUGGAUGCUAAGUUACAGUAUGCUGUAUAUUGUGAAUAUUAGUAUGAAUAUAUAAAAAAUGUUGUCCGAGUUGAUUUAUGCUGAGUAGGGUUUAUUUAUUUAACGAUAUUACAUUUUCCGCAAGCACCACAAUCCAAAUAGCAAACUUGUGAAUAUUAAAGCUACACGACUGAGGGAUCAUCAUCUUGUACAUCUGUAUUCGCAAAAGGUACAAUAUGUUUUUUUUAAUGUAAGAGGUGGUUUCAAGAACUCCAGUCUUAAUCUGCGCGCAGCUUCACAGUACUGUCGUUGAAAAGUACUUGACAUCCCACAGCUCUGUUAAGUUCCAGCAUGACAUGUCGAGGUAAUAAUGUUCUUUUUUUUAAAGAGAAACCCUAAAAUGACCAAUGCUGUGCUUGUGGAGAGAUUAGAACACUGAAGAAACGUGGACUCUGUCCCUUUCAUACCAGAAAUUCAGGAGUUUCUGCAAUAAAAAAAGGGUUUCCCUGUCGGUGCUUCUCAUGACAAAUUCAGGAGUGCCACGGUGGCGAGAUAUUAACUACCUCGCCUGGCAUACAUGAGAUUGUGGGUUCGAUCCCAACCUUGAU